AUGGAAGUUGAAGAAUUUAAACUUAUCCCGUUGAGAACUACGCUAGAAAUAAUGGCUCAAGAUAAGCUAGUGGAGGUUUGGGUUGUGAUCGUUGAAUCAAAAAUGGCAAGCGGUACUUUGAGCUUAGUGCGCAGUCUUGUCCCAGAUGACGGGGGAGUAGAUUUUCAAAAUUUAAAACGAUUUGCAAAGUAUGAAGAAGUCCCCAAGGUUGUGAAGGAUAUCAUUGAAGAGACUACAAGCGCAGCCCAACACAAGAAUAAAUCUAGCCCAACUGUCGUAUCUCCUGUCAAUCAUGUUCAGCGGCAAGGAUGCUCAAGCUUUGUAUCAAGUAAUGCAUAUAAAAUAGGGACUGAAAAGUGUAAUCCUAAUUCUCUACCGGACAAAACGACUCAACUUCUAUUAAUAGCCGGUCCUGUGCACGCAAUCUCACAAGAUACCCUUGAGUUAGCUUUGUUAAAACAGACUCCAAACCUUUUACCCAUUAUAUUCAAAACAUCAAUACCUCUCAAUGCUCCUACGUCAAUUGCCCAGGCGGAGCACUUGACUCAGACCUACUGGCCGACCGUAUACAAAAGGAAUAACCCAUAUGGCCCCCACCCCAGUAUCAUAUCAUCUGCGCAGCUAGAAGUGGGAAAAGAAGUGAAAAAAUGGAUGAAUCUUGCACAAGAUAUGGCAAAAGAAGCUAGGGUAGGAAAAAAAGGAUCAAAAAGAGGAGAGGAAAUUGGUGUUGUAAUUGUCGAGAGAAAGGAUAGUUUGGGUCGAUGUAUUGCCGUAGCAGGAGAUGCGAGAUGGGUCGGUUGGCCCGAGGAUAGACCAAGAAAAGGGAAUCCAGCCGCACAUGCAGUGAUGAGAGCCAUUUCAAUGGUUGCCUCUAAAGUUCAAGAGAGAAGCAAAGGUAUAGAAUUGCUUAAAACUGACGUGUCAAAUUCUGCUCUAGACAAUUCUUCUACGCAAUUUGCUUCUAGUGAGAAGGGCCCUGAGGAAACCUUUCAGCCGUUGAAAGACACUCACAUCAUAAAUGAUGAUGGUUUAUGUUCCAGGCCAAACUUUACCUCAACCGAGCCGUCUCGAUCUUCACAAAUUCAAAAUGCCGAAUCAAGCACCAAGUGUAAUGAUUCAUUGGUAUCUGAACUUUCUAUUUUUUAUGAUCAUCCUCUUUCAGAAACUGAGGCUAAAUAUCUUGAUCCUUCAGGGACCCAAAAUGCAUAUCUAUGUCAUGAUUUAGAGAUAUAUUGUACACAUGAGCCAUGUGUCAUGUGUUCCAUGGCAAUCGUACACUCCAGAUUUGGGCGCGUCAUUUUCGGUAAAAAAAUGCCCCAUAACGGGGGACUAGCUGCAGACGGAGAUCUUAAGCACGGGCUCUUCUGGAGAAAGGAGCUAAACUGGACAUUGCUCGCCUGGCAAUAUGAGACGCAUCAUGUGGAAGGGAGUGAGAUAGUGGACAAUGCCUUGGAGGCUUGA